CUCCUUCUGUCAAACAUGGCUGUGCUUUGGAAGCAGGAAAAAUGCUGAAUUGUGUUGGUAUAUCUCGGGAAAAGCAGCAGACAUGGCUAGAUUUGCUGACUAUUUUAUUGUCGUGGGAUACGAUCAGGAGAAAGCCGGUUCAGGGGAGGGAUGUGGAAAGAUCAUUCAGCGAUACCCCAAGACGGACUGGGAGGGAACGGCGUUUCCUCAGGGGGUGGAGAUGUUCUGCCAGCCUGGAGGUUGGAGGUUGUCCAGAGACAGGAAAGCACCCACCUUCUUCACCGUUGUGCUGACAGAUAUCGAUUCAGACCGCCACUACUGCUCCUGCCUCACUUUCUAUGAGGCUGAGGUCAAUCUGCAGGGAUCAAAGAGUAUUGAGGCUGAUGGAGAUGAAGAUGAGGAGGAAGAGGAGGAUGGCCUGAUCCAGCCAGCUCAAGUGUUUGCACCAAAAAGUCUCAUUCUCGUGUCCAGGCUGGAUUAUCCUGAAAUAUUCCGGGGGUGCUUGGGGCUGAUCUACACAGUGUACAUUGAUAGCCUGAAUUUCCCUUUAGAGGGUCUGGUGGCCAACCUCUUCACAUUCCAGGUUCCUGUUGCAGGUGGAUCCCAGAAGCUGUUUAGCCUGGGAGCAGGAGACCGGCAGCUCAUCCAGACGCCGCUGAACGACACGUUGCCUGUCACAUGCAAAAGUGUUGCUCUGCUCUUCCAGCAGCUGGGGAUCCAAAAUGUUCUAAGCCUGUUUUGUGCGGUUCUGACAGAACACAAGGUUUUGUUCCACUCCACCAGUUACCAGCGGCUCGGAGAGGCGUGUCGCGCUCUUGAAGCCCUCAUGUUCCCUCUUAAAUACAGCUACCCGUACAUCCCUAUUCUGCCUUCGCGGCUGCUGGAGGUGUUGAGCUCCCCCACUCCCUUCAUCAUUGGAGUGCACUCCAUGUUUCAGACUGAAAUACAGGAUCUGUUGGAUGUUAUUAUUGCUGACCUGGAUGGAGGAACAAUAAAAAUCCCUGAGUGCAUCCACUUGUCCCUGCUCCCUGAACCUCUGCUACACCAAACACAGACUUCUCUGUCUCUGGUUUUGCACCCUGAUCUGGAGAUAGCAGACAAUGCGUUCCCUCCGCCUCGCACUGCGCCCUCCAACCUCAAGUUGUUGGACAAGGAGGUGAGGGCCGUCUUUCUCAGGCUGUUUGCACAACUCUUCCAAGGUUACAGGUCUUGCCUGCAGCUCAUCCGCAUCCAUUCUGAACCCGUUAUUCACUUUCACAAGACUGCCUUCCUGGGCCAGCGAGGCCUCAUUGAGAAUGAUUUUCUGACCAAGGUUUUGGAUGGCAUGGCCUUCGCUGGCUUCGUCUCAGAGAGAGGUCCGCCUUACCGAGCCUGCGAUCUCUUUGAUGAGCUGGUGGCCUUAGACACUGACAGUUUUAAGGAAGAAGAGGUCAGCCCUGUCAAGCUGCAGAAGCACAUCAGGACGUUCUCUGAGCAGCUAUACAGAAAUGAGAAUCCAAACCCCCACAUGGCAUUCCAGAAGGUGCCUCGGCCAUCAGAGGGGUCCCACCUGCGGGUGCACCAGGUACCCUUUCCCCUGCUGGAUGACGACAAGGUGGAGCAGAUAGUGCUGGAGGGCAUGGCAAAAUACUGCUGCGCACCUCCUUCUACACGACCUGAGAGGAAGUGUGUCGUACCUGCAGGACCACCUGUCGUGUCCAUCAUGGGCAAGAGUGGCUCUGUGUUCAACAGCGCUCGCAGGCUGGAGGUGGUGCGGAGCUGCAUUUCCUUCAUCUUUGACAACAAGACCCUGGAGACUGAAAAGACGCUGCCGGCUGCACUGCGCGCACUAAAAGGCAAGGCCGCUCGCCAGUGUCUGACUGAGGAACUGAGUCUUCACGUCCAGCAGAACCGCGCCAUACUGGACAGCCAGCAAUUUGAUUACAUCAUUCGUAUGAUGAACUGUGCACUCCAGGACUGUUCCAGCUCUGAGGAGUAUACCGUGGCUUCUGCACUGCUGCCCCUGUCGACGGCCUUUUACAGGAAAUUGGCUGCCGGGGUGAACCAGUUUGCCUACACCUGCGUUCAGGACCAUCCCAUCUGGACCAACCAGCAGUUCUGGGAAGCCACUUUCUACAGUGAGGUCCAGGGUCAGAUCCGAUCCCUUUAUCUUAACACUCCAGAGGCGAAAGACACCAUCACUGCGAGGCUAAAGGAGGCAGGCCACGAGCCUGCAGCACCCAGAGAUGAGGAGCAGACAGCCAUGGACCUGGCAGCAGAGCAGCUGCGUUUGUGGCCCAGCCUGAGCAAGGAGAAGCAGCACGAGCUGGUGAAGAAUGAGGAGAGCACUGUGUUCAGCCAGGCCAUCCACUACGCCAGCCUCAUGGUUUACCUGCUAGUUCCUUUGGACACUAGCAAGCUCAAGCUGCUCCGCAAUGCCCCUGUCGCUGACUGGGAGAGCGGCAGCAACAGCAUCGUCACAAACAGCAUUGCUGGUAGCGUUGCAGAGAGCUUUGACACAGAGAGCGGGUUUGAGGACUCGGAGAACAGCGAUGUGGCCAACUCUGUGGUCAGGUUCGUCGCCCGCUUCAUCGACAAAGUGUGCACAGAGAGUGGAGUAACCCAGGAACACAUCAAGAGCCUGCAUAGCAUGAUCCCAGGCAUCGUUGCUAUGCAGAUGGAGGCGCUGGAGGCGGUUCACAGAGAGAGCAGGAGGUUACCUCCCAUUCAGAAGCCUAAGAUUCUGCGUCCAGCGCUGCUUCCUGGAGAGGAGUUGGUGUCAGAGGGGUUGCGGGUGCUUCUGGAUCCUGAUGGCAGGGAGGAGGCUACUGGGGGCCUCCUGGGGGGCCCUCAUAUCCUGCCAGCAGAGGGAGCCCUCUUUCUCACCACAUACCGCAUCAUUUUCAAAGGCACCCCCCAUGAUCCACUCGUCGGGGAGCAGGCAGUAAUCAGAGCUUUCCCAGUGUCCACGCUGACCAAAGAGAAAAAGAUCAGCAUUCAGAACCAGCUGCAGCAGAACAUACAGGAAGGCCUACAGCUCCGCUCUGCAUCAUUUCAGCUGAUAAAGGUGGCGUUUGAUGAGGAGGUGAGCUCUGAGAUGGUGGAGAUCUUCAGGAAGCACCUCCAGAGGAUCCGCUACCCACAGUCCAUCUUCAGCUCCUUUGCUUUUGCAGCAGGACAAACAACACCUCAGCUAAUCCUUCCAAAACAAAAAGAGAGGAACACCGGCUUCAGAACACUGUCCAAAACUAUUGUCAAAGGAGCAAAGCGGGCUGGGAAGAUCACCAUGGGCCGUGGCAGCCAGUCCACACUGAAGAAGAACGACAGAGGCAGCAGGAUGACCUGGCAUGAAGAUGAUGACAUUUCAAUAUCAGAUGACGGUGAACCGCCACCCAGUAGCACUUUGCGAGCAUCAGAGAAGUCCACCAUGGAGCAGCUGGUGGAGCAGUCCUGUUUCCGUGACUAUCAACGUCUUGGCCUGGGCACCAUCACCGCCAGCUCGUCUCGCUCCAAGUCAGGCGAGCAGUUCAGGAUCACAGCCGUGAACAGACUCUACUCCCUCUGCCGCAGUUACCCGGGGCUGUUGGUGGUUCCUCAGGCCGUACAGGACAGCAGUCUACACAAAGUGGCCCGCUGCUACAGACACAACCGUCUGCCUGUUGUGUGUUGGAAACAUCCUCGCACUAAAGCCGUGCUGCUCCGCUCAGGAGGCUUCCACGGCAAGAGUGUGGUGGGAUUGUUCAAGUCUCAGAACCCUUCCUCAACAGCUCCUGCCUCGUCCUCAGAAUCGUCCAGUAGUCUCGAACAAGAGAAGUACCUGCAAGCCAUCCUCGACUCUAUCCCCGUCUAUUUCAAAAUGAACGGGAACAACACCCUGUCCAACCGCUCCCUCAUCGGCCUUUCACCAGGCAGUGACAGGAGGACAUCCAGGAUGCCGAAGAUGGCUCCUGUCCAUUUAGACCUCCCAUUCUCAAACAGCUUUACCAGAGGAGGCAUGUGGGCUAGCCUGCGCUCCAGCAGCAGACUCAGUCAUCACCCGUUGACAGGAGACGUGGGCGCCAGACUAGCAGGGAAGGAUCUGGCGCCCCCUGCAGGUAGCAGCAGUCUGCAGGCGCAGCUCCUGAAACAGCAAGCUGCUCUCUAUGUCUUCGGAGAAAAGUCACAUUUAAGGGGCCUCAGAGUGGACUCCUCUCUGAACUGUGAACUGGUGCCAGUGGACUUUGCAGACACACGGCAGGUCAAGGCCUCUUUUAAAAAGCUGCUGAGAGCCUGUGCUCCCAGCGCCACCUCGUCUGACUCAGAGGACUCCUUCCUCAAGGCCUUGGAGGACUCUGAAUGGAUCCUGCAGCUUCACAAGAUCCUGCAGCUGGCACUGAUUCUGGUGGAGCUUCUGGACAGCGGCUCAUCUGUGCUCCUCAGCCUGGAGGACGGCUGGGACAUCACUACACAAGUGGUGUCUUUGGUGCAGCUGCUGAGCGAUCCUUUCUACCGCACUCUGGAGGGUUUCCAGGUGUUGCUGGAGAAAGAGUGGCUGUCCUUUGGCCACAAGUUCAGCCAGCGGAGCAACCUGAGUCCUAGCAGCCAGGGGGGCGGCUUCACACCCAUCUUCCUGCAGUUCCUGGACUGUGUGCACCAGAUUUUGGAGCAACAUCCUCUGGAGUUUGAGUUUAAUCAGUAUUAUCUGAAGUUCCUGGCCUAUCAUCACAUCUCUAACCGCUUCAAGAACUUCCUGUUGGACUCAGACUAUGAGCGCUUGGAACAUGGCACGUUGUUUGAGGACAAAGGUGAUAAGCAGGCCCGGAGAGGCAUCUGUAUCUGGGAUUGCAUCAACAGGAUGCACAGGAGGAGUCCCAUCUUCUUCAACUAUCUGUACAGCCCCUCAGAGAGUGAUGUGACCCUGAAGCCUUCAAUCAGCAUCCCCAGUCUGAAUAAAUGGGACUACUUCACGGAUGAGUCUCUGUCCACGGGGCCAUGUUACGACUGGAGGAUGAUGGCUGCGAGGUCAGAGAGCUCAGAGGAGGUAGACUCACUCUCCAACAGUAAGAGGAGGAUCGUGUGGCCGUGUUACAGCAGCGUGGGCCGCGCCCAGCCUGACGCCAUCACCAAACUCCUCCAUGAUGUCAGCAGGCUGGAGGGUGAGCUGAACCAGGCCUCUGAGAAAUGGCAGACAACUCUGGAGAGAGUCCGAAUCAGCGUUCAGGAAGACCUUGCACAAGAAGGAAAUCUACGUAAACAGUCGGCGGUGUCCAUCUCAGGCCUCAUUCCCACGUCCAGCCUGCAGGCCUUCCAGCGGCGCUCCAUGCUGCACCUGCCAGACAGUGGGUUGGGCGAAGACCGCAGUACUGCCGCAGCCAACGGAAUCAACCGCCGCGCCGCAACACUAUACAACCAGUUCACCCCCAAGAGCGAGGAGAACAGGUCGUACGAGGGGAUCCUGUAUAAACGUGGAGCGCUGCUGAAAGGCUGGAAACCUCGCUGGUUUGUAUUGGACAUCACGAAACACCAGAUGAGGUACUACGACACCGGAGAGGACACAAACUGCAGAGGCCACAUCGAUCUGGCAGAGGUGGAGUCUGUGAUGAUUGCCACGCCCACUAUAGGAGCUCCCAAACACAUCAGUGAAAAGGCUUUCUUUGACCUGAAGACCAGCAAGCGAGUCUACAACUUCUGCGCUUCCGACGCGCCCAGCGCUCAGGUGUGGAUGGACAAGAUCCAGAACUGCAUCUCUGAUGCCUGAGCAGCGAACCUCGCAGCCUGAAUGCUGACGUUAACAUCGUGACUAUUAGAGGCCGCGUCAGGUGGUUGAGAGCAGAGAUGAGACAGCCGCUCGACUCAGCUUCCAGAUGUCUUUAAUUCGGGGACCACAGUGAACAAAGUGCCUGGUAGCGGAGGACCGUCCACCUGUCUGCCUAGUCACAGCCUAGCAGCUGGUCGGGCUGUCGUCACUCCGCUUCAGUUGGAGUCGGUCGAACAUGUUGGUCUCUGCUGUCAGCUCCCUCCUCCGUGCCUCCGACGGGGAUGAAGUGAAGAUAAGCUGAUGUUUUAGGGGACUGCACUACCAAGGAAAUGCUAUCCUACUUAAGCUGUAAAUAGAUCGAAGCAAUAUCACUGGCCAUUCAAACUGUGGGUUCAAUUUUAGACUUAAAAAAUUUAGAAAAUAGCCUAUAAAAUCAUUUCUAUCAGAUAUUUUACUACGAGGAAAAGGUUAUUGCUGCUUAAAGAAACGUAUGAUCUGCCAAAAACUCAGAGAUUUUAAUGCACAACAUGAAAAAGCAAUUUGUUUGCACUUAGCUCCUAAGUAUGCACUCCUUAUCAAAUAUAGAUUUUCUAACAGAUGCAGACAGCGAGGCUACAGGCAUUACUUUACAGUGUACAUACGUUUCAUCAAGACAGAGUCAUUGAAAAGAAUUUGCACAGUGAGUUCAAAAGAGUUACCUGACAUUUUUUCUAUUUAAAUACGUGACGUUUCUCUAUUUUGUUGAAUGUUUUAUUGACUUCUGGAUAACACACGUGUCUCAUGUAAUGUAAAUUAUUAUUUUUUAUUAAAAGUGUAACUGUGUACGUGUGGUGGCUUCAUGUUUUCUUUUUUUGUUGUAAAUACCUGUGUGACAUUUCAUUUUAUAUACUGUAUGAUGUACUGAACAUAAGUAUACUUUUCUAACCUUAAUUCUAAUGUGACCAACAAGUCUCUUUUUUAAAUGUGUUGUCAUUGGUGCAAAAACCUGAGUGGCCUGUUCCCUGUUUGUUUGUGAUGAAACCUCGUUCUUAAAAAUGAAACGGAGACUGUUUUCUUUGUCCGUUCAGAUUGUCCAGGCAGGCUCUGUGUCUUUUAAGGGCUUUUAAAGAAGUAAACAAAUAUAUCAUGUAGGACAUGGUGGUUUUCAGAGAUCCUCGUCUCGUCUGUUCCAUUUGUGCAACCGAUACAGUUUCAUUAAAGAAAAAAUAAAUGCAAAUGAAACUACUCAAAGAUGUCAAAAGCUUUUUUUGUUACUGUAUCUUCGUACCAUGUUUUGUGGUGACACUAACUUUUUGGAAAUAAACCAAACAUACUUGAAACUA